AGUAGUAUGACUUCUAUUAAUGCAGACCUUUCUAAUACAAUGGUUGCUGGGUUGCCUCAAAUACCGGGUGAUCAGGUUUCUUCAAUUUUAGAUGGUCCUAGAGACCAUUCAGAAUUUUUUGGAGAAGCACAUUCAGAUGCUCUGCAAGUUCCUUCAUUUGGAUUUAAUGAGAACCAAUCCAUGCAAAUGGCUAACAUGGGUUAUGAUGAAUUAGCGGGUGGUAAUCAGACACCCCGACCGCCAAUGUCUGAGAGAGUGGCGACACCUUGGCAUGAAGAUUUUGAUUUCCCACCUUCUGUAGGACUGACUGGAGAGGAACAAAUGGUGGAUGAAACAGAUGAACAAUUCGAAGAAAGAGUUCUUAAUAAAAGGGCUGCACAGUUGUUUAUGUCAGUUAAGACGAAGUUUUACAAGCAGGAUCACUUAUUUAUAUCAGACAUGGCAAGGAAUAAUAAUCGUAAACAGGCAGCACAGAAGUUUUACAGUCUGUUAGUUUUGAAAAAGUUUCAAGUGUUGGAUAUAUCUCAAGAAGUUCCUUGUGGUGAUAUACGAGUUGUUAAGGGAGUUAAGUUUGAUAAUCCUACACUAUAAGCUUGCAGACAGGUAAUAAUUUGUUAAUUCCAUGAUCUUAAAGAACAUACAGUUUUAUCAUAAAAGAAAUGUACGUAUUACGUUUGAAUCUAGAUAUCUUAAAAAUGAUUACAGUUAAAAUUGGUGAUAUUUUAAUUUGAUUUAUUAUGAGAAGUUUAUAAAUGUAAAUAAGAAAUGUUGUAAUGCGUACUUUUCAGUUUGACCGAUUACAUAAGGUAAUAUAAAAUUUGAAUGAAACCAAAAGAGCCGCAGUACAUUUGUGAAAUGAAUUUAAUAAGAAAUUUUAUUAUAGAUAUAAUUUGUAAGUGUAUAAUUCUAUUUAUUAAGAUAGAGGUAUGCAUCAGUUAUAUGAAGCUGCUGCUGCUGAAGUUACAUAAACUGAACCAAGUUAGUUUUCUAUAAGGUAGAAUGAGAUUUUAAAGAUUCGAAAUAUUUUAUAUAACAAUUAUUUAUGUAUUUCAUCUAUUGAAGAAUUUGAUCUUCGUAAUUAA